AGUACGGUAGCUGAACGUUUAUUAGAAGCAUCAUAGGAGACGUUGUUUCAAGUGAAGUACAAUAUUUAUGUGUCAAUAAAAUUCGUAGAAGGCGCGACGUACUUGACAGACUUCUAAUUAACCGAAGAAGCGUGUUUAUUGAGUAUGAGGCGCAAAAGCGAAAGAAACAAAACCAAAGGGACUCCAGAAAAGGAAGUCGAAAAGCCAACGAGAAAGUCAACGCGUAGAAGUGCUAAGCGAAUGCAUUCAACAUCGCCAGAGCAGGAAACUACAGAUGAAACAGCUAAAAGUGUGAGCAGUAAAGAUAUAGAAAAGAAAUCGACCGUGUUAAUUCACCCAAGAAGGGAAUUGGAAACGGUGGAAGAACACAAUGAAAUAGUUUCAUCGACCGAAACGGAUACGAAGACCAAACCGCAAGAGAAUGAAGAGGACAACAGUGGUGGGUCAGUUUGGAAAGUGGCAAGAGCCGAUGCAUCGCCUGGCGAGAUACAGAAGCUGAAGUUAUGUAGACAACAUAACAUGUCAGUAGCAUCGCCUGAUACAUCAUUGAGUAGGAAAAAAUCGAACAAGUGGCAAGAAAGUGGUGAGGGAGUUGCAGAGGAGGCUGACUCGGCAGACGAGCAACUGGUUUCUUGUACAAGAAUGCUCAGUAGCGCUGAACAGCCGAACGAUCCCUCCUCUUCAUACCCAGGUCAGGACUCCAACGAAGAGGUAAGUGAUAGCAAGGAGAUCCUGCCUGAAACCACUUCAGCCAACUUGUCUGACGAUAAACCAAACAUAGAUCAGCAAGGUGAAUCAAAUGAGGCAAAUUUCCCCAACGAAAACGCUGAUAGUGAACCCAUAAAGUCGAGUAGUACAACCAUAUUGGCUCCUAGUUCAAACGGCAACCAUUCAUCCGAGGAGAUAAACGUUAUACCAAAGGAAGAAAAAUCUGUGGACGAUACCAGCGAAAAGACAGCGGAAGCAUUUAGCAAAGACACCGGUAUCAAAACUAUUCAUAAAGAUACGAGCAGCGACGAGGAUGAUAAUGCGAAAGGAAAAGAUUGCGAAGUAAAUUCGUCGUCCGAAUCUAACGACGAGAUUCGUACGAAAAGUAACAGAACUAGUGGCAGAAUGUCAUGUGCCAGUCGCAGAAAGCACAGAACCAAAUAUCGAGAUUCGUCUAAUUCCGACACGCCAGACUCGGAGGAUGAACCUCUUAUUAAAAGAGAUAUUGAGGUAGAUUCUUAUGUGCAAGAGGAGAAAGUUAGUACAAAGGAUUCUCACGAAGAAAAAGAUCAUUCUCAGUCACCGAAAGCAAAAAGCAAUUCCAUGUUGAAUAACGUGGAGAUAGAGACGGAACAUAACGAAGGAAGCAAACAGAAAUUGGACAACCUUAACGAAAAAUCAGAAUAUUCGGUAUCGACAGCAGCUCUGUCGGUGACUCACAAACCCGUCAAAGUAAACUUAAAGAGAUCGUUCUCUGUAAGAAUGACAACGGAGAAAAACGAUGUGAAAAAGGACGAUACCGAUGCAAAUGCAAAUAACGAGACCAGUAUUCCAAAUCAGGAAAAUCAUGAUAGUGUCGAACAAGAAUCAAAAUGUGUUCCGAGAAAACGUCGAUGGGGCAUUGCGUUAUCUACUGACACCGCACCUUCAUUUUCGAUUUCUACGGAUUCGCUUAAAGCAUUGGUGCCAGGAGCGAGGCCAUUGUCAAUAAAUGAGGUUCGUCUAUCGAAGGACGACGACGAAGACAGAGAUCGUUAUCGUGCUGGCGAAAAAUGGUACAAUUCGAACGAUGGAAUGAACGAUAAUAAGUCCGGCGAUGAAAUUCUUAUGCAAAAGAACGGCACCGCGAAAAAGGCGGAUGGAAAGAUCGAUAAUCACAUAGCAGCCCGACGAAAGAUAUCGAUUGUGAAAGAGACACCGCACGUUAAAUCCCCUAGUCCACCAGCUACGAAGCCCACGAACAUACUUCUAAUUAAAAAUCUGGUUCGUCCUUUCACUCUGAAUCAAAUUAAAGAGCUCCUUUCGCGCACUGGCUCGAUCGUUGAAAAUGGAUUUUGGAUGGACAGAAUCAAGUCUAAAUGUUUUGUAGAGUACGCCAAUGAGGACCAGGCAUUUGAGACAAGGCAGGCGCUGCACGGUAUAUCCUGGCCUGUUUCGAAUCCAAAAAGGCUUCACGUUGAGUAUGCAACCAAAGACGAUAUGGAAUUGGCACGCGAGUUGUCGAAAGAUCAGUCCAUUCCAAGAAAAACGGAACCGUUUGUGCCGUCGGAUUCGUGGCAACAGGAUUGGAACCGCGAGGAAAGAACAAACACAAAGGUGAUGGUAGUCCGAGAAUGGGACCUAGGUAAAGAAGAUGGCCAGCAACACAUAAAAGAAAAGGAGCGUGAAAAGAAGGAUCACGAUAAAAAAAGGAGGCAAAGGAGUCGGAGUCCCGCGGUGGAGGCACAUCUUCCAGCCCCAGCUCGUAAAUUUAAAAAGAAAGAGGACGAACCACCACCGGCUAAGCUUUUAGACGAUCUCUUUAGGAAGACAAAGGCAACGCCGUGCAUAUACUGGUUACCACUCACAAACGAGCAGAUUGUAGUGAAGGAAGAAAUGAGAAGGCAACAUAUGGCGGAACACGCUCGGAGAUUAGAAGAGAUGAGACGCGCCGAGAGAAAUAACAGGGACGGCCGUCGUCGUCGCAGCCCGAGAAAAUAGUUUUCUUGAUUGUCCCACUAUCGAUAAACGUACCUUUCCCUCUUUAAUGCAAAAACUCCGAUUUUUACCAUUUCCAUUUCAAGGCGGUUGAAGAUUGCAGAACAGAAAAAAAACAAGACAAGAUUCUUUCUUUUUAAAGUCGACAAACAUUCUAAACGUGUUCUUAAAUGUUUGGUUUCUCAACCAGUUCAACGUUCGAUUAGUUUUGCAGGUUGUUUUACCAAUUGGCGUUUCAAUAUAUCGCGUUGGAGUGUUAAAGCUUCUUAGUUUAGAACAACGGUAGAGUUUCGUUCCGUCGAAGGGCACGCUUCUUCGGGUGUCUUUUACGUUUCUCUUUUCUCAUAUUUUUUUUUUUUCUUCGAUUUGUCGCUUCGUUGACGAAUUGUACAGAUUUUUUGCACGAUCGAGACACGUCCUGCUUCCCGAUUUCCCUGUUCCCAUGAGUUUCAGCAUUAAACUGUACUUCUUACAGGUCAACGUUGACUAUCCAACAGAGCGGCGUAACUAUAGAACGAACACGACGGUGUUCGCAUCGUCUAGGGGACACGCAUCAUAUUCUACAAUACACUAUAGCGCGAUAAUCGCGAAACGAGCCCUGGAAAUCGAAGGAUCAUUGAACAAAAAA